AAACCUACCAAUGAUCAUGAAUAGCUAUAAUACUAGUACAAGUUCAAAAAGUACUCCUCCAAUAUUUCACUUCUUUGCUCAAUACUAUACUGUUUUUUUUAAUUGAGUACUUUGACUACUACUGCACUCUACACUUGCAUCAGAAUCUCUCAAAUCUUUCAUUAUUACUAGUAUCGAUUUAAAUUCCCUCAUUGAAAUCCGAACGUAAUUAUUCAUUUUUAAUUUCUUUUAGUAUUUUCAGAUAAGCUUAAGGUGAAAAAGUGCAAACUUUACACUUUGCUUCAACUUUCUAAUUCUCAGAAAAAAUCAUGAACAUGGUGGAUUCAUUAGAUGUGUGUCCAACUGAGGAUGCAAUUGAGGUAUUUUUGCAACAUUUGGUUGAUCCAUUACUGCCAGAAAAAUCUUCUGUCAAAGAUAAUCCCACACCUUCUCAACAGGAAUCAAUGGCUAAACAGGUGCGUUCUGCUGUCUUACUGUACAACUACUACCACAGGAAACAACAUCCAGAACUAGAAUAUCUGCCAUUUAACGAAUUUUGCAAGUUGGUUGUGGUUCUAAGGCCACCUUUACUGGCAUAUAUGCAAUUCAUGCAAAAUUUUAACGAAGUAGAGCUUAUUGAUGUGGAGAAGCAGCUAUCAUUAACAGAAAAAGCGAUCAUGGAUGCAUGUGAUGUCUGUAAAUGUUUAGAUGCAUCAAAGAAUGCUCCUAAUAUGGAGGGAUGGCCCAUUUCGAAAGUUUCUAUCCUUUUAAUCGAUGGCAAGAAGGAGAACUGCUUUUUGCUGUUUGGUUCCAUCACCGAGGGGGUAUGGUCUGUGGUUGAAAAAAGUAUAGAUGCCUCCAGCCAAAAUUCUGAAGUUACACCAGAAAUGAAUAAUACAAACAAAAGGAAAAGAGUCGUUAAAAAGUCUAAAAAAGAGGACUUAAAGGUUGACGAAGAUGGACUUCUACAAAUUGGGUAUUCUGCUGUAAAGGAAGCCACAGGUAUCAAUAACACUGAUAUUAUGCUUUUGGAAAGCUACACUGCCUAUUCCCAAAACAAAGAGAAGGCGGCUUCUCGCUUUUUUAUAAUGCAGUGCUCCCAGUCAAUCAAUCAGGAAAUUAUUAAAGUUCCUCUCAAAGAUGUAAUUGAAAGCUUGCAGGGUCCUUUGGUCAAAAAGGGUUCUAGCAGUUGGACGAUCACUCCAGCUGUGGCUUACUUCCAUGUGCUUCCUUAUUCUGAAAUAAUCACACAGUGCAUUUCUAGAAAAGAAUCGCUGGAGCAGAAAGUGAACAAUGAAAGCUGUUCUCCCAGUCCAUGCAAUUUCAUCAAGGAGGCCCGUGAAAUGGAUGUCAACGGAUCUUCAAUUUAUCCAACUCAAAAUAGAGAAAAGCGACAAAACAUCACCAAAACUAUACAAGUUAGUGAAGAUCAAGAAAAAAACAAUGCAUCUGAGCAUUUUAACUCCAAUGGCUCUGCUAGUGCUAUUCAGGCUAUGAAGGUUGAUUCGACAAAUAUGAUCGUCAAUGGAGGUGGAACCACCAAUAUUGUUUCUUGCGGCAAGCUUUGUGCCAAUAGUCCAAAUACCUCGUAUGAAAAAGAAACAACAGAUGCAUGUACUCAAAGUUUAAAUAAUUCUAACUCAGAUACAAAGAAGCUCCAAAGUCGUCACGAUUCUAAAAAGACACUGUCGCGAACUGCCAUAUCUUCUCUAAUACGAAAGAGGAAUGAGCUGGCCCUUCAGCAACACAAAAUUGAUGACGAGAUCGCUAGUUGUGAUGAAAAGAUUCAGAGAAUGAUAACUGAUGGGAAAGAUGACUAUGAAUCGAUGAUAGAAUGCAUUAUGGAAGGAUGUAACGAUGUAUCUGUAACAAAUCAAGAAGGCAUGGGUGGACAACAAAGCUUCCCUCGUAAGAGAGAUUUGUCAGAGCUGCAAAGUUCAUGCCAGGAUCUAGAUCGUGUUAUGCAAUGAAAACAGUUCGGUCCUACCAACUUAUCAUCCAUCUUAAUCAGAGGUGGAUUCCUAGCUAAUGUACUAUUAAGGUUCGGAUGAGGGUAACAUGUGUUUCACUCCUGUCGAAGCGAGAGAAUCGGCUGCUGCUAAUAUGAGUGAAUUAACCAAGCAAUGUUGGAAGCAUAGAAAUGCAUGUUUCUGUAGUGGUUCUUGGUUUUUCUUUUCCCAGUGGUGUAGAAUAUUUACAAAUGAAGAAAACUGCAUGUUCAUGUGGCUGUAUUAUGUGGACUAAAUAAUAACCAUGUGAGAGGUCAUGUUGUCAACCAAUAUGUAUUUGAAUACAUUAUGCAGUACACUGAGUCGAUUGCUUGUGUGGCAUACUAAAACUCAUAGCGACUCUAGAUUAGAUAGGAUUAACACCCGUUCUUGUUAGCAUGACUGUGUAUGUUCAGUUCAUUCAUGGAAAAAUUAACUUGGUAUUAACUUCA